AUGUCCAACCUGACUCCAGCUGUCGCCGCUAUCCCUGAGCCUUCUCCGUCUCCGGAGGAGCCCGUGCGAUACCAGUACUUUGCUCGCUUCAACCCACGCGAGUAUUAUUACGCGUACUGUCGGGUGGCGGCCCUCUUCGUGCCGGUGUACAAUCACCGCGAGGAGCACACCCCGGAGAUUAUCUCUGACAUGUUUCAUAAGGUCUACACCCUGCUGCUGCCUAACAUGCGUCUCCUCUGCCACCAAGGCCUCAUCAACUCGUGUAUUGGCGCUUGUAUCCGGGGAUUCCUUACGUGCUGGCACCACACCCUGCCUCCCAGGCUUAGGGUCCGGUACUGGAAUCAGGUGCUAGCACGCGUCCCCACGGAGAUGCGUUCUUCGCAUCCUGGAGGUCAGGUUGCCCUUCCCUGGCAACCUGGUUUUGUCAUGACUUCACCGCCGCUCCCCCUGGUCUAUUACCUCCUGCAGCGGGAGGUUCCCGAAUCCGAAGCCUUGCUACGAACUCCACUGAUCGACGAGGAUGCCUUUCCGGGUGUGAGCGAGGGACUCCAGUUCCCCUGCCCCGUCGUUGCCGUGGUGCCCAGCCCCGGGCGCCAGUCACUUCGAAUUUUAGCCCUGCUCUCUACUGGGCAGACGCUAACCCUGGCUACCGCCUAUCCUCCGCUCUCCAUGCCUCCUGUGGGGCCACCAACGACAGCACCUCCACCCUACCAGGCUCUAGCUCCUCAGGCCCCACGGCCGGCUACUCAGCCUCCUCCUUUUUCUGGGUUUCAGCCUCCCGCCGUGCGUCACGGUCGCCACCAAGUGGCGGCCUCUCUUCAAGAUCUCCAGCAGACUUUGAGGAACCCGUCCUUAACUUCCGGCAAUACCUUGCCAUCGGCUGCGACCUUCCUCGACCUCAACCGUUGCGUUACCGCUAGUCUCCCCGUGCCGCCUACCCUGCCGACUCCUGGUCCUAGACGCCAGCCUCAACCCCAGAGGCCGUUAUCUCCAGAUCCCAGGCUUCCUCCGCCGAGUUUUUCCGUAGUCUCUACACGCACUGCUCAGCGCAUCGCGACCUCAAGUUGUACCCCUCGGCGUCGUCUCCAUUCUCAGGCUAGGCCCCCCCUUCCCCCUGUUGUUGGAGAAGGGGAGUUUUCUGUAGCGCCCGUUCCUCCUGCUUCCCGGGGGGUCGUCUCUACUCCGCGGCCUCAAGAGCCAUUAUUCUUCCCUAGCUCUGAGGAGGAGGAUGGACAUUGUCCUCCUUCUACGUCUCCUCCUCCGCCUCCGCCUCCGUUUGGCGACGUUGGCAAUCCUUUCGACGACACGCCUGUUGUCGACGGAGUCCGGGUACCUUCACCCUGA